AUGGCGUGGGUCACUGGGCCGAAUCCGUUUGUGAUACUGGCUCUUGUCGAGGCGGAGGAUUUUGGGAAGAGAGGGGAGUUGGUGAAAACCUUGACGAAGCACAAGGAGAUGUUGGCUGAGCUUUCAGCGAAGGAGCCGGCGAAUAAGGGGGAGAAGAGGGGAGUCGUUAGCAGUGCGGCAAAGUUGUUAUUGGAAAGGGUUGGCAAGCGUCUGGUCGGAAGGGGUGUUGGUUGGGUUGGUUUAUUCCUUUACAGGCAUAGGUAUUAG